CAGGUGUAUCACCGCAUGCCACCAUUGUAUGGACUGUAUAUUUCUUUGGUAGUCGACGUUCUGCGCAUAUGCUAGCCGGCAGGAAAUGCUGUGCUUUGUAGUUCCACAACAGCUGGAGAGACACAUUCGCUACCCUUUUACCUGUGUCCCGCACUGUGUAAAGAUUUCGCCAUGAUAGGCUGCCAGUGAGAGUAGAAAUGGCAUGAUAAUUCCAUUUUUGUGUGUAUUCAGGAUUCUUAAACAAAUUUACUGCUCGGCAACUCUUCUGAACUCUGGUGGUAUAAUCGCCUUAAAUAAAGUAAUCCCCAAGCUUCCAUUUGGUGUAUUCCAGAGUCAGAACAGCUCUUUAGCAGUAACCGAAAUGCUGGAAAAGGAGGAUGCAGGACUGUUCUCUCCUAAUCCCAAAGUGCGUGGGAUGACCAGUCUGGAUCGUGAUGCUUUCACUAAAACUAUACAAGUUCCUGUUAUGAAAGUAAAGAAAGAAAUUAUUAAUAAAGUCAUGAAAAGUCUCAAACACAGGCUGAUCUGCAGGCCACAGCUAAAGAGAAUAAUUGAUGACCCAAAUGAUGGCGAUCACAAAAGUGUAAUACUGGACCCGUUUAUAGUUACGUCAGAGGACUCGUUUGAUGAACGCGAUCGUGAAGUUUUCAAACAGUUUGAGAUCAGCCCCCAGGUUAAUCACAUUGAUCUGCAACUUACUUAUGAACAGUUUAAGACUGAAGAGAUCUUGCAGGCAGUCUUACCUCAAGGUCAAGACGUCACCUCCAGUUUCAGCCGCGUCGGCCACAUCGCUCACAUGAAUCUUCGGGAUCAUCAACUUCCUUACAAGAAUUUGAUUGGUCAAGUUUUGUUGGAUAAAAAUCCAGGCCUUACCUCUGUUGUCAAUAAAACGAACAUAAUUGAUUCAACAUACAGAAACUUUCAGAUGGAGUUACUAGCCGGGGAAGAAACCAUGAUGACGAAGGUGAAAGAAAAUGGCAUCACUUAUGAAUUUGAUUUUUCCAAAGUCUACUGGAAUUCACGUCUCAGUACAGAACACGAUCGCAUUACUGGGACCUUGAAGAGUGGAGAUGUGGUCUUUGAUGUAUUUGCAGGAGUGGGUCCCUUUGCCAUCCCUGCUGCUAAAAAAGGCUGCAUAGUUUUUGCCAAUGAUUUGAAUCCAGAAUCCUACAAAUGGCUCCUCCAUAACUGCAAACUGAAUAAAGUCGACAAAAAAGUCCAAGGAUUUAACUUAGAUGGAAGGGAGUUUAUCAGGACAGUUGUAAAGAAAGAGCUGUCACAAUACAUUAAGUCCUUUUCUGCGUGCAGGAAAAAUCGCAUUCACAUUGUAAUGAACCUGCCUGCGUUGGCCCUGGAAUUCCUUGAUGCCUUCAGACACCUUCUUGAGGAGAAGCCUUGCAAUGAGGCUAUCCUGCCGACUUUACACUGUUACGGCUUCUCAAAAGACAGCAACCCGGAGAAAGAAGUGAAAGAUAGGGCGGAGGCGAUAUUAGGAAGCACGUUGGAGAAUUGCUCUGUUCACCUUGUAAGAAAGGUCGCACCUAACAAGGAGAUGAUGUGUUUAAGUUUUGAGCUGAUGGCUGAUGUGCUUUUUACAAACCAUUCAAAUAAUACUGGUGAAAAAAAAAAUCUUCAAAUCACAAACAUAUCUGUAAUAUGUGCACGCAGAUUGGUGGAUUGGGGAAUCUUUAAAUCUGGAGAGAAAAAAUCUUAAUCUGCAAAUUCCUUUUUUUUGCGAUUGCUGAUAUAUGGGGGCCUUAAGGUGAGCCAGAGCCUAAACGCUUCCGAGUGGAUGAAGAAGGUGGCACAGAGCACUGUAAUCUAGAAUAGAUUUUCAAAGGGAACUUUUAUUUCUCCUUUUUUUUUUAUUCACAUUGAAAUAUUAGCACAUGUUGUUUCAUUAAAUUCCAGUAUUUUCUUAAUAAAAGAUUGACUAAA